AUGGCCUGUCAGAUCGAGAACCAGGAGCUUCGCGCGCAGAUCGGGGAGUUGCGGAAGCAAAACUCCAGCUCUGCCAAACGGCAGCGAGAUCAACAGUUGCUGGCACGGCAGCAUGUACAGGCCAACCGGGUUCUGUUGAAACGUGACUUGGAAGCGCGCAAGACGGAGCAAGAGAACGCGGAGUUGCGAUCCACCUUGGCGCAAUUGCAAGCCAACCCGCCCAGGGCACCCUUGUCUUUAGAUGACGAGCUCACUGAGAAUCCGGGGUCAGAGGACAAUUCGCCAAUCUCACGGAGUCAAGUUUCGGGUAUGAGACCUCGAUCCUCAGAAGAGAGGAUGCCGCCAGACUUCUCUGCGCAGCCAUUAGUGCGACCCUACACUGCGCAUGCCAAGAGGGGAGACCGGGGAGAUGGAGCAACAGGUGUGAAUCUCUUGAUGGCGCUGAAACUCCCGGGCCAAGUCUACGACGAGGGCAACUUCUUUCCCAAGGAGGACUCCACAGACUCGGAGGACCACGACCUGCCGCCCUGGGACGCAGAGCUGACCAAGAGACCCAAGCGCGCUGUGGCUGUGAUGGACAUGAAAGAACGGAUGCGUCAAAUGUUCAAGAGCCCGCAGGUCAAGAGCGAACACGAAUACAAACAAGAGGGCUGGUGCAGUCGAAUCGCCAGUCAUCCCAACUUCGAAACCGUGGUCUAUGGUUUCAUCAUUGCCAACGUCGUUUGGCUUGGCAUUGACGCGGUGGUGAACCAGGAGGAUUUGUUGAUCAACGCAGAAGCCUGGGUCAUUGCGAUUGAAAACGUCUUCUGCAUCUUUUUCUUGGGUGAGCUGUCGGUCCGCUUGGGUGCCUACCAGUCAUUGAUUGGUGCUGUGAAGGAUCCGUGGAUCGUGGUGGACUCGCUGUUGGUGCUGGGAAUGAUCCUUGAGACCUGGAUCUUUUUCCUGAUCCUUCAAUUUGCCGAAGUGGACAUCAGCUUGAUCGAUCAGUCCAGCUUGCGAUUGCUCAGGGUGCUGCGGGUCUCCAGAGUCGCUCGCAUUGUGCGGAUUCUGCGGGCGCUGCCGGAGCUGUUGAUUCUGGUGAAGGCCUUGGGAGUGGCCACACGGUCAGUUUUCUUCACCUUUUGUUUGCUGAUGCUGACCAUCUACCUCUUUGCGCUGGCUUGUACGACCAUUGGGAAGGACACAACGUCUGGAAUGGAGUUUUUCAGCACUUUGGGCACAUCCAUGUUCACCCUCUUCUUCCACGGCCUCUUUGGAUUUGACCUGCCGCGGAUUGCCACCAUCAUUUUCGCUGACAACGUUGCCCUGUCCAUCGUUUUCUGCGCAUAUUUGGUUUGUGCUCCCCUGACAAUGCUGAACCUCUUGGUGGCGGUGCUGGUGGAAGUUGUGGGAGUGUUGGCCAUUGCUGAGCAAGAGAUGGUGCAAAACCAGUAUGAGUGGGACCAAAUGCGGCUGGCCCUGGGUGAGCUCUCAGAAGAUAACAUCACGGUGGAUCAGUUUAAGAAGCUGUUGGACAAGCGUGAGGCUUUGAUCGCCAUGCGUGCCCUGGGGAUCGACGUCAUCGCCAUGCUGGAAACGCCGCAGCUGAUCUUUGGAGAGACCAGUUCCCUCAGUUUUACCGACUUCAUUGAGACCAUUUUGGCCCUGCGGGAUUCAAACACUGCCACGGUGCGUGACAUCAACACAUUGGCCAAGCGAAUCAUUUCGGAGAUCCAGGGCACGGUUGGGCAAUUGAAUUCCAAGAUCAAAGAAAAGGGGAGCAGCAAAGACCGGAUCAUGCGCGCGGAGAAGGUCACACUGAGCCGGCAAAUUCCCAAAUCUGCUCGUGGCCGAUGA